AGUCAGACUUAGAACCCAGGUCUUUCCGACUGCCAGGCCCGGACUCUAUCCACUGAGCCACGACACCAUGAUGAUCAGAAAGGCGUGUGGACGAGGUUGCAUUUGUUUUAACCAAAUGAGGCCUGGGGAUUCGUGAGGUUUGGUGAUUUUCUUUAGCCCCGGCACGUGUUUCUGUAUGGCCCUUCGGGGCUGCCUCUGCCAGGUGCGAAGAAGGGACAAGGAUUCCCUUUCUUCAGAGACCCCUCCUUCCUGAUUGACUGGAAGAAGUAUCACCUCUCUGCCACGCCCAGCUGGGACUCCCGUUUGGAUGGAGACCCUCCGCUUCCGGACAUGAGUUACCGACUGGAGUCUUCCCAGGAGAGCCCAUCUCAGAGUCAAUCAUCAGAUAUCCAGGAGCAGACGCUGUUGCUUUUCCUCUUCUUGGAUUUUCACACUGGAUUCCCAGCUCAGCUGGAGGAGGCCUGGAGGACCCAGGACUUGCUCAGGACCCACCUCGACCUCAUCUUUCUGGACAACCAGCGCCUGGUGCAGGGAACCGUGCAGCGAGCCUUGGACCAGACAUUGAGUCAGCAGCACCAGACUGCCAAGGUCUUCCAGAAAUUUCAGCAGUCGCUGCCGGUAGCCGUGGAGUCCAUCGCCAGAAUCGUGACCAGCAGCACCAGCAGUGGCUUCCGCGCCGGAUGUUUCCAGGCCCUGCAGGCCACAGACACACAGGAGUUUGGAGUUCAGCUGAAAAAGGCAUUUCACCAGACCGUCCAGCGGCGAUUCCUGAACCACCUCCCGGGGGGCCCGAAGCAGCUGAUCCCAGAGAAGAGCAGAGGUCGCAAGACCAAGGAGAAUACAGCUCCAGCUCAGCGGCAGGAAGCACAGUCAGGUGCCCCUAGGCAGGCAGCAACCCGGAGUCCCAAGAGGAGCCGCCGAGGCCAAGGGGAGGCCCAGAUGAAUUCCGGCCACCACAAGGCGACAGGCCCGUUGGCCCCGACCGUCGGGACGGCAGUCGACGCUUCCCGGUCACCGGGCCACAAGGGACACCCCACCGAGCAGGGGGCAAACCCGGGCCUGGGCCACCAGGGCGCCUGGGGCGAGUGGGAGGAAAAGCUGUGGCAACAGGAAGUCUCCAACCUAUCCGACUGGCUCGACGGCGGGCCCUGACCAUCCCUUCCGGGCCUCGGGGAAGGAGCGCGGCUUCCCAUCCCGCCGCCGUCGCCGCGUCGCCUUGGCCGGCUCACCGCCCUCGGCCCCCGUCCCCUCCUUUGUCAAAGGGGGAUUAAAAGCGGGGCCGACGAGGGCGUCCGACCCUUCAUUCCCCCGUAGCUCCGGGAGCGUUUUGGGGCAGCGCCUCCCAAAUCGCCUAAACAGAUACGAUUUCAAAAAGAAAAGUCGGCGGCGAAGCGACGCUGAGGGGUUUUGAGGAAGGGAAGCGGGGAGGGAAAUGGCUCCUCGACCAGCCCACACCGCCGCUUCCCCGCCUUCGGGCCUGCGCCGCCCACUGCGCCUGCGCCGGA